CGCCUCGCCUGUGGCCACUUCAAUCCUUAAUUUUCUUCUUGUUUGGUUAUGUAAAGCAACAACUAUGAAAUCACAUCCCCAAACCCAAACACUAAUGGAGUGAGCAAAAAGAAGUAUAUCCCCCUACCACACCUCCAUCUAUGGCUGCCAUCACUCAUUCUUCCAAAGUGAGCUGCUUUUAUGCUAUCUCCAGACUGGGUUUUCCCCUGCAUGCCCAGAGCUGAUUUGGGUUGGCACCAUUUCUUGGAUAUUCUUAUCCACCAUGAUCAAAGCUUGGAACUUUUUGAUUGAAGGAAGAUGUGAAAUAUAAGCAGCAACAGUCAAAGGGAGGGACUUUUUCUUGUUGUUGUUGUUCUUCUUCUUCUAGGGAAGUGGUUCCCAAUACUCGUAAACUGUUAAAAAGAUGAGGGUGUUGUUUUUUUAUUGUCUUGUCAUUGCUGGGUUUCUGUGCAAGUUGUUGUCAUUCAUUCCUUUGGCCGCUGCUGUUGCUGCUGCUGAUGAAGAAGCUCUAAUGGCGAUCAAUAGGGAGCUUCAAAUUCCAGGUUGGGGAGCCAACGAAACAGAUUACUGCAACUGGUUUGGGGUUUUCUGCAGCUCAAACCGGUCGGUAGUUGGCUUGGGUCUCUCAAGGCUUAAUCUUCGAGGUAAUGUGGUUCCAAUCUCUGACCUCAAAGGAUUGAAGCACCUCGAUCUCUCUGGAAACAACUUCAAUGGCGAAAUACCGUCAUCCUUCGGCAAUUUGUCUCGCCUCGAGCUUCUCGAUUUGUCUGUGAACAAAUUCGAUGGCUCGAUUCCAAGGGAAUUGGGCAGUCUCACUAACCUCAAGUCCUUGAACCUCUCCAAUAACAUGCUUAUGGGUGAGAUUCCUGGUGAGCUUCAAGGUCUGAAAAGUUUGGAGGAGCUUCAGAUUUCGAGUAACAGGCUGAAUGGUUCACUACCAUCAUGGAUAGCCAAUUUCACAGAGUUGAAAGUUUUCACUGCUUAUGAGAAUUUCUUGAGUGGUGAAAUCCCAGACAACUUUGGCCAAUUCUCCGAGUUGAAGUUGCUGAACCUUCAUUCAAAUCAGCUUGAAGGUUCAAUCCCAGAGAGCAUUUUUGCUAAAGGCAAGUUGGAGUCUUUGGUUCUGACUCAGAACCGGUUCAGUGGCCAGGUUCCUGAAUCAGUAGGGAACUGCAGAGGACUCUCCAGCAUCAGAAUUGGGAACAAUGAGCUUGUUGGUGGUAUUCCCAAAUCAAUUGGCAACCUCAGUAGCCUUACUUACUUUGAAGCAGACACCAACCAUUUGUCUGGUGAGAUUGUUUCAGAAUUCUCCAGUUGUGCCAACCUCACCUUGCUCAAUUUAGCCUCAAAUGGGUUCAAUGGAAUUAUCCCACCCGAGUUAGGCCGGCUUGAGAAUCUUCAAGAACUCAUACUUUCAGACAACAGUCUAUAUGGUGACAUCCCCAAAUCAAUCGUUGGUUGUAAAAGUCUCAACAAGCUAGACCUCACGAACAAUCGUAUCAAUGGUACUCUUCCAAUCGAGAUAUGCAGCAUGUCGAGGUUGCAGUACUUGCUUCUGAGCCAGAAUUCAAUCAAAGGUGAAAUACCUCGUGAGAUUGGCAACUGUCUCAAGCUGCUUGAGUUGCAAAUGGGGAAUAACUAUUUGGUUGGGACUAUUCCUCCAGAGAUUGGUCACAUUAGAAACUUACAGAUAGCAUUGAACUUGAGCUUCAACCAUCUCCAUGGAUCACUGCCACCUGAGUUAGGCAAGCUUGACAAGCUUGUCUCUUUGGAUGUCUCUAAUAACCAGCUUUCAGGUGACAUCCCACCUUCAUUGAAAGGAAUGUUGAGCUUGAUCGAAGUCAACUUCUCCAACAAUCAGCUCACUGGUCAAGUCCCCACUUUUGUUCCAUUUCAGAAGAGUCCGAAUUCGAGCUUCUUUGGCAAUAAGGGCUUAUGUGGCGAGCCACUGGUGUCAAUGUGUAUGAACUCUGACCAUGAGAACUAUGACUACCAUCACAGGGUUUCUUACCGAAUCGUACUAACUGUUAUCGGUUCUGGUUUAGCGGUAUUCGCCUCUGUAACUGUAAUUGUUCUGCUCUUCAUGAUGAGAGAAAGGCAAGAGAAGGCAGCAGCCAAAUCAACAGCAGCUGAUAUUGCAGAUGAGUCAGCAGCAGCAGUCGUUGAGGAGAAGCCAACAAUAUCAGCCAGCAACGUGUUCAUCGAAAACUUGAGACAAGCCAUUGAUAUCGAAUCAGUAGUGAAAGCGACUCUCAGGGAGUCAAACAAGCUCAGCAGUGGUACAUUCAGCACAGUCUACAAAGCAGUGAUGCCUUCAGGGAUGGCAUUAUCAGUAAGAAAGCUAAAGUCCAUGGACAGGACAGUAAUUCACCACCAGGGAAAGAUGAUCCGAGAGCUGGAGAGGCUGAGCAAGCUGUCACACGAUAACCUUGUACAGCCCCUUGGGUUUGUGAUCUACGAAGAUGUUGCUCUCUUGCUGCAUCGCCAUUUCCCCAACGGUACACUGGGACAGCUGCUGCACGAGCAUAGCAAGAAGCCGGAGUACAAGCCUGACUGGCCGACAAGACUCAAUGUAGCCAUUGGGGUUGCUGAAGGGCUGGCUUUCCUUCACCAUCUGGCGAUCAUACACCUUGACGUGUCGUCUGGUAACGUUCUUUUGGAUGCUGAUUUUAGGCCCGUGCUUGGUGAGAUUGAGAUAUCGAAGCUGCUUGAUCCAUCUAGAGGCACUGCUAGUAUCAGUGCUGUUGCUGGCUCUUUUGGUUACAUUCCUCCAGAAUAUGCUUACACAAUGCAAGUUACAGCGCCAGGGAAUGUGUACAGUUAUGGAGUAGUGCUGCUGGAGAUCCUGACGACGAGGUUACCGGUGGAGGAAGAGUUCGGCGAAGGGGUGGAUUUGGUGAAGUGGGUUCAUGGUGCACCAGCAAGAGGAGAGACUCCGGAGCAGAUACUCGAUGCUAAACUGAGCACGGUGUCAUUUGGAUGGAGGAGAGAGAUGCUGGCCGCCCUUAAGGUGGCGUUGAUGUGCACAGACAGCACCCCUGCGAAAAGGCCGAAGAUGAAGAAGGUGGUGGAGAUGCUUGAAGAGAUCACGCAAAUGAAGUAACUAUUCGAGCAAGUUUUUUUGUUAAUUUGAUCCACCAUUGUGAAACGAUGUAUGGAUUAGGAAUAGGAUGGGCGUUUAGCUAGCUUGUUCCUGAAAUGAAAUGACAAACAUAUC